GGUCCCGAUAAUCAGGCUGGUUAAGGACAACGAGUUGCUAUGGAGAAAGUUCCAUUCCGUAGGCACCGAAAUGAUAGUGACAGGCAGAGGAAGGUGUUUGUUCCCAACUAUUGUGGUCACUCUGCAUGGGUUGGACCCAGAAAAGUCAUACACACUUAUGGUGGAUAUGGAGUCAAGCAGUGAUCAACGCUAUACCUACAUUCAAGAACGAGGCUGGUGUCCAUCUGCUCCAGCCCGACAACAGCAAUCAAGCGGUGUAUAUAUCCACUCAGAUACACCAGCCCUUGGAGCUGAGCUGAACGAGAAACCUGUAUCUUUCAAAAUGCUCAAAAUCUGCACAGUAAAUGGGAUUGGAAAGAAAGGCAUGAUUCCUCUGACUCCAAUGCACAAGUACAGGCCCCGAAUUCACUUAAUUCAGAAUGCUGAAGAGCUCAAAUCUAAGCUUUGCUCCUGGACAUACUGCUUCCCAGAAACAGAGUUUAUAGCUGUGGGUCAUUACCACAGCAAAAAGAUGAAGAAGAUGAAGAUAGAAUAUAACCCUUAUGCCAAAGGUGCUCUACCACAUAACAGAAGACAGAACAAAACACCUCAAAGUACAUCUGUGCUCGGAAUGGGUAUGGAUAGGCCUCCCACCAGAGUCAGGAAGGAAGCCAACUUUUACGUAAAGGGAUGAUUUUACAAAACAAUCAAUAUUCUACCAAUUACAGAUCAACAAACUCCUUCUGUCUGUGUUCGCAGGUGGCCUCCCAACAGCAGCCCAAAAGAAAUGUUUUCAUGCAAUGAAGCCGCUUUGGCAGUGAAGGCAACACUCACAACCCAGUGAUUUCCAGAGGGGUUUCCCUUCCAUUAAUUUUUUUUCUUAAAUACUGUAAUUGUAAACUUUUUGCAACUUGCCCACUGAUUGGGCUAGCAACUCUCAGGGAUAGGUAAUUGUGAACUCAAUGGCAGUUCCAGCAGCAGGUAGUCAAAUUGAAAGGGAAGCCCCACUUGCUGUGCAUAUUGCCAAAAUGUCUUUCCAUGUCAGGACCAUGACUGCUUUGGCAAAAUCUAGUGUCAUUAGUUAGAGCACAAGACUUCUCUCUUCACUGAUACAGGGUGCUCUCCU